GGCAGACGACCAGGAGACGGGCGUGUAAAUAUACCUUAAAAUAGUAUUUGCGGCCGAAUUUCUCCUCGCUGAAAAGCCCUGACAUACACGGUCGAUGUAGGGGGCUGGGUGUGCCCCAGGCCCCCAGUGUGCCCUAAUCAUCCCGAAUAAGUCGUAGUUGCAAUAUAACCUCGAAAAUGAAUUUUAACGACUUUAGGUUUCUAAAUAUUUUUUAGCGAGAUUAGUACCACUAAAAAUGUAAUGUGUUUCACUUAGAGUUUCAACACGUCAAGAUUACAGGAUGUCACUUCUACCAUUGCUGAAUGGAAAUAUUCUCGGAACCACUUUCUAAACUUGAAGACUAGAAAACCAGAAGCGUUUUCAAAAAUAAUAUGAACAAAUAAUUUACUUGGAAAAUGUUGACAGCGUGUAUGAAGUCGCUGAAUGAAAAAUAGGAAAACUCAAUACGCUUUCGGUCUUCUUAUUUGCUAAAACAGGGGUUUUUGACGCACUAUCAUUAGAUUAUGUAGCCUUGGAAAGUAGUUCUGCCGGUUUCAUGGAUUCAAGUUGAUGAAUAUAUUUUAAUAUGAAGAUACUAUAAAAAUAUUGUACCCACAAAUAUUAUGUCCAAUAAGUUUUCUACACAAAAUAUAUUCUUCACGAAGUAUAUUUUACACAACAUAUUUAAAACCAUGUUUGGCUCCAUACAAAUAAAACAGGAAUAUGCGAACAUAGAAGACGUUAACCAAAAUAAUGCAGGCGCACAAAGUAAUUUUGAAUAUUCCACGUUCACCAGUCAGGAUGUCGAGUACAUAUAUCGACAACUGCCUCACUUCUGGAGCCAAACACAACUGCAGACGUGUCAGGCACCAGAAGAAAACUCAACGAAAAAUGAGCUUCCUUUUCGGCCAGACGUUCCUCAAUAUGAGCAGGCGCAGCCACAGCUCUCGGUGAUGAGUUAUCUGCACCCCUUUCCAAUGAACCAGACGGAGGCACAGUCCCCGAUGAGCGAAUCCAACGAAAUGAAUGUUUCUACUAUUUCUGAACCCCGCCAGCUGCCCCAACAAAAGAACUUCCCAUCACCACCACCAUCUGUAAUUAAGCGCACUAAUCCAUCUUCGAAAUCGUCUGUCUCAUCCAGUUCAAACUCCAAGAAGCUCAAAUGUCACUGCGAAAUUUGCUUUAAGGAAUUUGGUCAUAAAUCUAAUCUCUUUAUUCAUAUGCGCACCCACAACGGGGAACGACCUUACAAGUGCACUCAAUGUGAAAAAUGUUUCACGCACAGCGGCAACCUCGCCAUUCACAUGCGAACACACUCCGGUGAAAAACCAUACGCUUGCCAAGUUUGUGGGAAAAUGUUCAGUCACAGUGGUAAUCUAUCCACACAUCUCAGAACGCAUUCAGGAGUUAAACCCUACAAGUGCAGCGUCUGCUCGAAAGAGUUCCGGCAUAGUGGGAACCUUUCAAUCCACGAAAGAAUACACUCGGGCAUCAAACCGUUCCAGUGCAAAGUUUGCGGGAAGGAGUUUUACCACAGCGGUAACCUUACGACCCACAUGAAAAAGCACCAGAAUUUGGAACAAUUGAAUAACGAUGAGAGUAUUCCCCUCAGGGAGGACUUGGGCGGGAACUCGAACGUCAUUGCCAAAGGGGACGAGAAUUCUUGUAGAUCCUUGGAUUAGGGGAUUAUACGUUAAACUAUGAAUAAUCUAUAAGAAAAUCAUACUUUUAAGGCAACAUUUUCAAAGCUUUUUUAUUUGUAAGAGUUGUAAGUUGUAAUGAAAUACAUCGUCAUAUAUGAGACCAAGGAA